AUGUUCGCACGACUUGCUCGCAUCCCUGGCCCGCUUGCAUCCUCUCGGUCCCUGUCUCAUAGCAUCCCAUCUUCCAGUGCCUCAUGGAGUCGGGGAAUGAAGGUGUUGGCUAUCCUCUACCGCGGCGGUGAUGCUGCGAAGCAAGAGCCUCGUCUGCUCGGCACUGUCGAGAAUGAACUCGGCCUGCGCAAGUGGCUUGAGUCCGAGGGCCACGAGUUCAUCGUCACAGAUAGCAAGGAUGGGCCUAACAGUGACCUUGACAAGCAUAUUGAGGAUGCAGAAAUAGUCAUUACGACUCCUUUCCAUCCCGGGUAUAUCACCCGUGACCUAAUUAAAAAGGCCAAGAACCUGAAAGUGUGCGUCACCGCCGGUGUCGGCUCCGACCAUGUCGACUUGAACGCCGCCGUCGAGCGCAAGAUCCAAGUGCUCGAGGUGACCGGCUCCAAUGUGACCUCAGUCGCCGAGCACGUCGUCAUGAGCAUCUUGCUUCUCGUGCGCAACUUUGUCCCGGCACACGAGAUGAUCGAGCGCGGCGAUUGGCAGGUCUCCGAGAUCGCACGUAAUGCGUACGACCUCGAGGGUAAGGUCAUCGGUACGAUUGGUGCGGGCCGCAUCGGCUACCGUGUCCUGGAGCGUCUCCUGCCUUUCGGCACGAAGGAGCACCUCUAUCAUGAUUACGCCUCGCUGUCAGCUGAGGCCGAGAAGGCAGUGAACGCUCGCCGUGUGCAGGACCUCAAGGACAUGGUAUCGCAGUGCGACGUUGUCACCGUCAAUUGCCCGCUCCAUGAAGGCACCAAAGGCCUCAUCAAUGCCGAAGUUCUCAGUCAUUUCAAGAAGGGCGCAUGGCUCGUCAACACCGCGCGCGGAGCCAUCUGCGACAAAGACGCCGUCGCCGCCGCGCUGAAGAGCGGCCAGCUCUCCGGCUACGCCGGCGACGUGUGGAACGUGCAGCCCGCGCCGCGCGACCACAUCUGGCGCACAAUGAAGAACCCGCUUGGCGGUGGCAACGGCAUGGUACCGCACUACUCUGGCACGACGCUCGAUGCGCAGGCGCGCUACGCGGCGGGUACGCGUGCGAUCCUUGAGAACUAUCUCACUGGUAAGCCGCAGAAGCCGGCGGACGUCAUUGUAGGCGUUGGCAAGUACGAGACGAAGUCGUACGGCCAGCGAUAG